UCUCUUUUUACUGCAAACAGAAUUUGCCCAUAAAUCGUGCAUAUAGCAGUCUCCAUGUGUUACGAGAUUUUGUAGCAAAAUUUUGUGUCGAAUGUAAGAUUAUUAUUUUUCUGUAAGUUACCAAUAUUGAAUCUUACAGAAUUGUAAUACUUGAGAAUAAAUAAUAAAAUUGAUUUUAAAGUGUAAUUGAGAAGGAAUACAUUUCUGCAAAGGAUGACAUAAGAAGCUAAUAUAAAAUAAUACAGCGCAACUAUGACUGCAGAAUGACAGAUUCAUAUGCGCAGCGAAAGAACUUUGAGGCUUCAAUUUCAAUUUGCACUUGAGUGUUCCAAUGGAAAGAUGAGCCAGAAUUAUGGAGAAAUAAAGUUUAACACUGCGCGGACUGUGGGCCUUUUAAGCUACGGUCGAUUUUUCAUUUAUGAUUCCUACGGGAAUAGGAAAUAAAAUCGCAACAGUUCCGAUGUCUAUGUAAGUAUAGAAACCAAUUUUUGAAACCUUAAAGAUGAUAUUUAAAGAUGACAUGAAUUUUUAAUUUGUAACACAGAAACCUUUUCAAAAACUUUCUGGACUUGAAAGUCCCAGGGAGUCCGGGUGAAUGCUCCAAAAACACGAGGUCCGCGCAGUGUUAAUGUAACGACACAUAUGGAUUGUAAAAAAUUUGGAGUUUAUGCAAAGAAACGAAAUAAAUAUAAUUUAUAUUCGAAAAGGACACGAAUAGUCCUAUGCAAGGAUAGAAUUAUGGGCAAUUAGAAGAACGUGAAAGAGACAGGCAAAUAGAACGGGAGAGAGUGAGAGAGGGAGAGGGAAAGGAAAUAAAAAUAUCGAAGAGAAAGAAGGGCGAAGGAAGAGCGGGAGAGCGGGCAGAGAUUGGCGCUCGCGCGCGCUGCGCCGCGACCUUUAAUGGGCGCUGAUGGGCGCAGCCUCCCUGGAACCUGGAAUCCGAUUGCCUCCCUCUCCCGAUCCCAGUCGCGGAGAGUCAGUCGCUCCCGCUUGAGACGCGCGCUUCCCUCCCUUUCCCUCCUUCCGUGCAAGUAUAUCACGGUCAUUAAAAAUCGUUCGCGUCGCGAAGGAGGGGAGGGGGCUACGACCUGGAACACUGCCAUCGAUCUGCGAUCCGUCCGCCCCGCUAAAAAGAAGCGAAAAGAAGGGAAAAAAAGGAGCAGAGAUAGACCAAAAAAAAAAAAGAGCAACUCUAGCGCGGCGCGUUACAGGGGGUUGCCCUCGUCCGACAAUACGCGUUGCGGGGCCCGCCAGCGCGACGAGAGCCAUUGACCCGCGCGCCCGUUAAUCAACCCUUUCCUCCCCGCCCCCCACCACCCGCACGAACCCACGAUCGUCGCGCGGAACCCUUCGGCCCACGCUAGCCCACGACGCGCGUAUCUCGGUGCCCUUUCGAGAGAAGGAGAGAAACGGAGGGUGGGUUUUCGCGACUCCGUGGAGAUUGCCGACGUUUAAAGAGCGCCGUGGUGGCGGACGAUGUCUCGUGCGCGUUGCCCUGGAAGAAGCGUAUCGUCGUCGCCGUCGUCGUCGUCGUCGCGUUUACGUCUUUGAAGGAACGCCGCGGAGGAGGAACUGCCCCCCUCGUCCUGACCGGUCGCCGCUCGCCGCCGACUUGCGCGUGUGUUCGUUUCCACGGAAUCGUGAUCGCGGACUCGUGAAGUGAAAUGAUUAUGUACACAGUCGCCGAGGAUCACAUGGGCGACAACGAGAUCGCGCAGGUGAUCGCGUUUAUAUGCGGGAUCAUAGUGGUGCUGCUGAUGAUAAUGGGCCUGGCGUCGACCGACUGGCUGAUGGCCCUGGGAUGGAGACAGGGCUUGUUCGCCCACUGCAUCGAGGAAGGUGCCCCGACGCCGCUGCCCUUCAACAUGCCCGAUCCCCCGGGAUGCUACCCAGCUAGGGACAGCGCCUACAUAAAGGCAGCUGCGGCCUUGUGCGUGGUGUGUCUUCUGACGGACAUCGCCGCGACGAUCCUCACCGGUCUGGGUUUGCGCACGCAGGAUCACAGGGAUAAGCACAAAUAUUAUAGAUUUGCAGUGUUCUGCAUGGCCAUUGCACUGGUGUCCCUCCUAAUAGCGCUGAUCAUAUAUCCCAUAUGUUUUGCGUCAGAACUGAAUCUCGGAAAUCGUACUAACUGGGAAUUCGGUUGGGCGUACGGCGUCGGUUGGGGCGCGGUAAUCUUCCUGGUCGGAGGAGCUGUACUGCUGUUAUGCGAGAAGGAAACCGAAGAAUUGUACUAUAAGGAAAAGAAGACCGUUCGCGAUGACAUAGGAAGCGGCGGUUCCAUGAUCGGCAUGGGACAUCACGCUGGACGAGGUGGAACGCAGCUAGCCUAGUGGCAUUGCUCCCUGCCCGAUGUUGUUCUCUAGGUGAUUUGUUUCAUCUCUUUCUGCUCUCACAGUUCGACACAUGCGCAUACGAGAAGGUAUACAAGCCUAUAAGAAUGGUUUUUUUUUCGAUAGGGCGUUUUUAGCUAACGCAAGGGAAACUACCUUUACGGAUUCUCCGAUCUGGAUUUCCUCGAUACAUGAGUAUCGAAGUAUCGGCAGCUUUUUAAAUACAUAUGAAAAUGAAUAAUCUUAUACGCAAGUAACGAAAUAAGAAAACUUUAGUUAAUCCUUCACGAAAUUUCAAAUGGUGAAGUUUUAUUAUAAAAAUAUUUAAUGCUAAAAAUUAAGAUGGGAAAAGAAAUAUAGGUUUCGCAAGAAACGAUCGACUGGAAAUUAGUCGAAGAAUCCGUCAGUCGGUUUUCAUUGUCGUUGUUUGAAAAUAUCUGAAGUAGAUGUAAUCUGUUCAUUAGAAGGGUGUGUAUUCGGGUUACUAUUAGUUUGAUGUAGGAUAACAUCUCGUUAAAGAAGUACGCAUUUCGAUCGUCUUGUUUUUGGCUAUUUCCUAUUUAAGUCAAUUUUUAUACUGACAAUUUCGGGACCAUUAUUAGCUUCGAUUCUGUUCUCGUAUUUCCUACAUUUUGCAUGAUUUUGGACAAUUUAAUACACAAACUUGUGUAAUAUUUUUACUGUAAUUUGAAUUGUAACAAUUUAUAACGUUAUGACGACGCUGCAUUUAUUGUCCAUAAACUAAAUUAAUAAGAGUAUCAUACUCGUUAUCGCGAGUCUGAGAGACAAAAGACAAUUCCAACAUGGAUUUCCAACAUGUUUCUUUCGCGCACAUAACACAUAUACAUAUACACAGAUUCAAUUUGUUCUUAGUGAGGGUUUGAUUAAACUCCAUCUUUUUUCAUAACUAAUUUAAAUUUAACAUUAGAUAUAAAAUGGUUGAAAGCAGAGACCAGAAAUGAAGAGAUUAAGUUAAAGUUCAUUUUAUAUUAAAUGAAUAAUAACGUUUUUCUUAACUUUACUUCCAAUAUUUCUAAUUCCAAUAUUUAAGAAUUCUAAAUUUUAGAGGUCCCCAAAAGCCUUAUUCUUCAAUUUUCUUUAAUUUCAAACUGAUACAUUUUGUUUCAUUUUUAAGUGUAACUUUGAGACUUUAACAGUGCAUACAAAGACAUUGCCUAAUAUUAUAGUGUCCGAUCAAAUUUUUUAUUCAUAAAAUAUCAACUUUACAUCGGAAUCUAUCCAAAUGAUCUGGACGCUAUCUAAUACACAACUACACAUGUAACACAAUUAUAUUUAAUUUAUUCUACAACAACGAUUUUCUUUGUUAUCCUUUGCAAUCUAUUCUCUUCUACAAUGAUAAACAUAUCACACACUCGACUUAGUUUUAUUAACUUGAUUUCAUAUAUACAGGUUGUCCCAGGAAAAAUAUCAUAAAGUAUAUGUUACUUAAGAGAUUUUAAAUAAAAUAAUGUAUAAUAGUUUGAAAUUAUUAUUAGAUAUUAAAAAUAGAAAGAAAUAUAGCUAAAUCUGUUGAAAACCAGAAAUAUAAUAGAAUUUGCCAGCAGAAUAUGAUGGUAGACUGAGUGCAGAAUCUGUCUUUUCGUAUAAUCAUUCAAAUGACGUAUUUUAUUUAAAUGCUUACAAAAAUUACAGAUUCUGCUCGGUUUCUUCUUGUUUGUCAGGCACUGCUGACAAAGCGCGAGGACGUCAAUCUGUUGCAAUAUUCUGCUAGAUCUUGCUGCCAAAGUACUAGAAUACAAUUAAUUACAUUCAUAUAACGGUCCUGUUUCGCUUAUUAUUACUAGAAUUAUUACUAGAAUAUUAUUAACACUUUGCUUACCGAGUAAGUAUAUGAAAGUGUCUUAUUUGUUAAGAAAAAUAUAAUAGUAUGAAGAUGAAAUGUGAUCACAUAUAUAUAGUGGAAAAUCAGUUUUGCAAUUAUUUAUUUUACUGAAUAUCUCUAACAUCACUAACUUUGAGGGCUGAACGCAAAUGCCAUUUCUUCUAAUACUCUACUUCGCUAAGCAGAUGCAAAUCUGUUUGAAAGCACUCGAGUAAUACCGUCCAAACGUUCAGGAUAUUUCUGCUGGGAUAGUCUGUGCAUUUGUAAUCUAAACUUUUAAAAUAAUUCAAAUAAUUCAAAGAGGAGAUAUUUACAAGUUAUUGGCCUAUCAUCAACAUUUAUCUCUAUUUUUCUUAAGCAACACCACGACUGGGAAAAAAAUGAUACGUGUCUGCAAAUUAUGUAAAAUUUAUCAAAAAAGUCCAGCUUUAAGAAAGAUGCGUUUAAUAAGCUUUCUUUUUCUAUCUUGCAGCAUGUUCUUGCGCGGAAACAACUACGAUUUCAUGGAUUGUUGUACAUUUAUAAUUGUUUUCAAGCUAUUUUAUAUGAGAUAUAAAAAUAAUGUAUUUGCUUACGUAUCUUUUUCCAGUCGCCGUUUUAAUUACGUAUUAUUAACAUUUCUUGUUUUUUACCGAAGAAAAAUCUUCAGAGGCCAAUGUGUUGUCGUAUAUACUAUUUUUUUCAUAAAAUUUUUUUUGUAAAUGUAGUGUACAUACUAUAUAGAUGCUAGUAAUUUAUUAUUAAUUUCUAUGCACACACAUUACACACAUAAUCUUUAUUUUCUUCUUUCCCCUUUUCUCC